AUGCAGGUGGCCUUCAAGGACUGCGUCGCUCUCUUCGUCCACACCUUCACCUUCCUGCUGGGCCUUCCCGCCAACCUGCUGGUCCUCUUCGUGUAUGUGCGCAAAGCCCGCAAGCGCGGUGCCACCCCCAACGUGGUCUAUGCCCUCAAUCUGUGCCUGGCCAACCUGGUGCUCGUGGCCUGGCUGCCCGUCAAGGCCAUGGAGACCUUGCUGCAGGGCUGGAGGCUGCCACCGCUUGUCUGCCCCGUGUACAACUUCUUCCUCUUCUCCUCGCUGUAUGGCAGCUGCCUUUUCAUCACCGCUGUGACAGUGGGCCGCUACCUCAGCAUCGCAUUCCCGAUUAUCUACAAGAGAUACCGCCAUGCUCGAAUCUCUUGCAUCAUCAGCGUUGCCCUGUGGGUGUUGGUGCUGCUCCACCUCAGCGGUGGCCUAGUGGCUGAAGGGGGCGCUCACUUUGUCUCUGUCACGGAUGACACCUCAGCUUGCUUUGAAAAUUUCAACGCCUCGCAGCUGGCCGUUCUGCUGCCUCUGCGUCUGGAGAUGGCCAUUUUGCUGUUUCUCUUGCCCCUGGUAGUGACGUCGUUCUGUACACUGCGCUGCGUUACUCUUGUGUGGCGCUCCAAUUUGCCUCUUAUGGGGAAGAGGAGAGUCCUGACUGUUGCGCUCUCCACCCUCACCGUGUUCGUGGUGUGCUACGCGCCCUACAACACCUCACACAUUGUGGGGUUUGCGCUGAGAGAAAAUGUGGAGUGGCGGGCGUAUGCUAUGCUGACAAGCUCCUGUAACGUUUUCCUGGAACCUGCAGUCAUGCUGAUGCUGUCGCCGGCAGUGUCCAGGGGCAUCAUGGGAAGAAUCUGUGGUCGGCAAAGUCACUUCAGCCGAAUUGAUGGAGGUCGGCAUCAGUGUAUUAAUACCAAUGGUGCUGAAAAGGUCAAGCCAGCACCGACGCUCUCUGAGAGGAGCCAGGCAGGGGCGGAGGUGACUAAAGUCAGUCAGGAGUGA